AAAUCACAUAUUUAAUAAAUAUUAAGUGCUUUUAGCCAUUAAAGGGGCUUCAACAAUAUGCUUUCCAGGGCUGGAAGAAUUACCCUUGCAUCCUCGAUUCUAUCUGCCAUUCCUAACUAUUAUAUGCAAGGUAUUUACCUUCCAGAGGUUGUUCACAAGGAACUUGAUUAUCUCUCUCGACAAUUUAUUUGGGGAACUUUUAGGGAGAGAAGGAGACCCCAUCUUGUAUCAUGGGAACGGAUUACCCAGCCUAAAAAAGUUGGAGGUCUAGGCCUCAGAUCAUCCAAGGACGCUAAUCAAGCUUCCAUGGCUAAAGCUCAUUGGAGGCUUCUCACUGAAAAAGAAAAACUAUGGUCCAAAGCCUUCUGUGAGACAUAUAAGAUUGACAAUCCAAAAAGCAACUUUAAAAAGCUAUCCCCUGUCAUGAAUAAUAUUGCAAAAGGGAGUCAUAUCCUUAUGAAGGGGAUUAAAUGGAUUCCUCGAUCAGGUGACAAAAUUCUGUUCUGGUCGGAUAAUUGGGUUGGCAACAAACCUCUCAAUGAGGUCCUUUACGGCCCCUUCAGCCUAAAUGGGGAAAGCCUCAUGAUUAAUGAAGUUAUUCUCCCUUCUGGCAAAUGGGAUUGGGAUAGCAUUGAAUAUCCACUCCCUGAAGAUAUUAAAAGCAAAAUUAAGGCCAUUCCCAUCCAAUCUGAAUCUUGGCUUUGGGUUUGGAAUAUACACUCCCUUCCUAAAAUCCAACGCUUUAUUUGGCAAUUAGGACAUGGUAAACUUCUCACUAAAGAGGCUCUUUUUGCUUGGGGUAUUGCUGAUUCUGAUUUGUGUCCUAGGUGCCAAAGGAAACCAGAAUCUCUUAAUCAUCUUUUUAGGGAAUGCCCAUAUUCUAAUCUUCUCUGGGAUACCCUCACCCCCUCCCCCAUUAAUGCUAUGUUUCUUGACCUUAAUUUUACUGAUUGGUUGAGGAGCCACUCCUGCCUUCAAACCAAUCUGGGAGGCAAAGCCACUAUCUUUGUCAAAUGGAAUCCUCCUCCUGAAGGGGCUAUAAAGUUAAACACCAAUGGAUUUGCUUUUGGAAAUCCUGGUAUGGCAGGAGCUGGAAGAGUGUUCCGAGAUCACUUGGGAAAUUGGAUCUUGGGAUUUGCUCGUAACAUUGGUCACACUACUAGCAUUGUGGCUGAGUUAUGGGCCAUUCGUGACGGUCUUAAACUUGCUGUUUCUAGGGGAUAUAAUGGGCUUAUCUUAGAGACUGAUUCACGUACUGCUCUUACUCUUUUGCAUGCUGAAAAUUGUAAUUUUCACUCACUUGCUGUGCUUAUAUCUGACUGCAGGGUUCUCCUACGCCAGCUCCCUGAUGUGCAGACCACUCACAUCUACCGUGAAGCUAACUCGGUUGCAGACUGCUUAGCCAAAAUAGGCACUAGAUUAAAUAAUCCGUUUGCUGUUUUUGAACAAUGUAAUAUGAAUGUUGCUAUGUUGUUGCUUUCUGACACUAUUGGGAACUCAGUUCCCAGGGAUGUAACUAUUAUCUAAUCUAUAUAUUGUCGUUUUCUACCAAAAAAAAAAAAAAAAUUAAAGGGGCUUCAAAGGUGUCAACGGUCGGUUCUGCUGAGCAGGCAGAACAGCAAAACAUUACAAUAAUGAAAAGACAGUUUUUUUUUUUUAAAUGAAAAUGACAGUGAAAU